AUGAGUUACGCUCCUAUAAACAAUCCACCAGUAUAUUCAGACAAUCCAGGUCAAUCACAGGCCGAAGCAGGGAUAGAUAACAUCCCAGAUGACUUCAAAUAUGAUACAAACGUUUCUGGUUGUGAAUUAACAAUAAGACAACAAUUUAUAAAGAAAGUCUACACUUUAUUAUUCCUACAAUUAUUGAUAACAGGUGCUAUUGGUGCUUUCAUAUCAUUGAAUCAGACUGUUCAAAACUUUGCCCUAACUAACAUUUGGUUGUUUUUCGUCUCUAUCGCAGGUUCAAUCGGGUUCUUGAUUGCGGCUUAUGUUCAAAGUAGAAAGUAUCCAAUUAAUUUGGUGUUAUUGACGGGAUUCACUAUAUUUGAAGGUUAUAUCAUCGGUGUUGCUACAAGUCUUUACGAUACUCAAAUCGUUUUAGAAGCUUUGACAAUCACAUUGGUUGUGUUUAUUGGGUUAACCUUAUUUGCCUUCCAAUCAAAAUAUGAUUUCACCUCAUGGAUUGGUGUUUUGAAUUCAGUUCUAUUCUGCUUGAUUGGUAUUGGCUUCAUCUGGUUCUUCUUCAAACCAUCAAGUACUGCUGAACUAGUCUAUAGCUCAAUUGGGGCUAUUGUUUUCAGUGGCUACAUUCUUGUUGACACCCAAUUAAUUAUGAGAAAAUUCAACAUUGAGGAAGAAGUUCCAGCAGCUAUCAGCUUAUAUUUGGAUAUUAUCAACUUGUUUUUAAACAUCUUGAGAAUCUUAUCAGCCAGCCAAAGUGAUAACUAGGCAAUAUUUAAUGACGAAUUUACAACUUUAACGAAUAAACAUAUUUUACAUGGUGAUGUGGGUUUUCUCCUAUACAUUGUAGUGACCCUUGUUGAGAUGGCAGCUAUGUGUAAUCCGAAUCUUCAAAUUUGAGAGAUCCACAAAAUAAAGUAUAACCAACCUCGCAUUAUCAACGACAUCAAAACAACAACUCCCCACAACCAGUAGGGAGAUACAAAAUUAUCUAAAGAAAUAACCACUUCAAACAUGACUGAAGAAAAUGACAUAAAUAGCUCUUGUAAGUUAAAGUCAUCCUAUCCUGCCCAUCAAU